UUAUUUUUUUCAGUUAAUUAAACAACAACAACAACAACAAACACGACAAUAAAUGACAGUAUUUAAACCCCGUGAUGGUUAACAUCUUUUCUGUACUCUGUCAUGAAUCAUUACCAUGUCUAACGUCGAGAAAAUAGCACAGAUUUCCAUUUCGAAUGCAAGAAAUUGUUUGACAACACAAAAUUAUGGCCGCGCAUUCGCUAAUUUCUUGCUGUUUCUGAAACUGAAAUCAGAGAGUGCUGCGGACGUUUAUCAGGAGUUUGCUCUGGCCUCCAAGAAAUGGUUUGAACAGUUGGAACAGGAAAACAGACUGGAGGAUCUGUUCAAGGGAUAUGAUCAGGCCUGUGAAUUAUAUCCAAACCAUGAUGUUGUUCUGAACAAUAUUGGCGCACAGCUUUUUAGGUUGGGCUACAUACAGGAAGCAGCUGCGUACAUCAGGAAAUCACUGAUGAUUAGCCCACACUACCUGGCUGCAAGGGACAACCUGGAGAACAUCUGUAGCCAUCUCGUGGAAAGAUGGCACUUCGCCAUGCUCAAUGACAAGAAAAGAAACAUGUCUUACAGGUUUGCAAUUCAGAAAGCAGUGAAGUCAGGCUACAAUACAGUGUUAGACAUUGGAACAGGCACUGGUAUAUUGAGUUUGAUGUGUCACUCUGCUGGUGCCCAGCAAAUAACUGCAUGUGACGGUUCCCGUGCUAUGUACGAUGUAGCCUUUGAUGUGCUGGGAGCAAAUGGGGCACAGGAGGAGAUAACUCUUUUGCAUAAACACUCUACGGCUCUCACUGUACCUGAUGAUCUCCCCUCAAGAGUUAAAUUGGUUGUCACAGAGACUUUUGAUGCUGGAUUGUUUGGGGAACACAUUGUCUCUACUAUGAUACAUGCGUGGAAAAAUCUCAUUUCUACCAGUCCUACUGGAACAGUUAUUCCAUGCGGAGCCACAGUUUACGUGUGCGGAAUUGAAUGCGAAGCCAUUCGAAGUAAAAGCAGACUGCUGUUUCCAGUGCUGCAGCACCUAGACCUGUCCGGUGUGAGCAUGUUGAGCUGUGUGGGGCGAGUGGCGGAGGAGCCCUACACGACAGAGAACCUUGCCAGGAUCCCAGGAGGGUACAGGAUACUCACCAACAUUGCCGAGCUGCUCCGGGUCAGCUUCUGCAACCUCUGUGAGCUAGAAUCAUUCAACAAAGGAAGAGACUGGGUUCAAGAGUUGUUUGUCCGCAAACCAGGUCGGGUUGAUGCACUGGCAGUCUGGUUUGACCUUCAUCUUGAUGACACCAUCACUAUAGCAACAGCUGCUGACUCUCAGAGUUGCUGGGAGCAGGCAAUAUUCCCAGUAUCAGCACGAAAUGGAGACACAAACAAAUUCCAUGUCAAGAGAAAAGAUAGGUUGCAGACAACAUUCCACUUUGAGCUUGACUGCUUUCUCCUAACAAAAUGUGAUAUUCUUUGUGCUGAGCGACCGAACGUGAUAAGUCAGCCUAUAAUAAAUAUUCCCUGUGCUACAUCUCCGGAAAAGGAAUCCAGAGAGCUGCAUGGAGAAAAUGACCAUAAUGAGCAUGCAAGGUCACAGAAAGGGCAUAGUGACCAUGAUUUUGAUUGCCAAAGCAGUGGAGCAGUGAGUUCACAUAGAUACAGCCCUGCAAGUGUUGGUUCAUCUGUCAAGGAGUGCAGCCAACAAACUUUGCCCUUCAGAAAGAGAAAGGUUUCUGAAGAGGAGAUGCGUGAAUUUUGUACAACUUCUGGUAUGAAUUGUGACAUUUCCACCUCAAAAACCGAUCAUUGUCAUCAAGCGGAAGAACUGACAUCUUUUUCUGUAGGUGCAGGUCAUACUACAGUGAAUGUAUGUGCAGAUGAAUUAUCAGAAGGUACUGUGAAUGAUUCUUCUGUAACUUACAACACAGCUGAUGAAACAAGCAUGUGUGAUAUUGGUGAGCAACAGGUGUCCACUGACAUAUCAUCUGAUAUGGAGGGUGCAGACAUGCUGUUUGACAUGUCCAAGUGCUCUAUUGACCCAGCCACAGCGGCAGCUGAGCAGCUUGUGAAGGACCGGGCGUCAAACAGGAAAAUGACGUGUGUGACAGACAGCGUUGAGAUUCAGUACAUCAAUGAUAUACACCUCAACAGUCAGUAUUGCCGUGCCUUGCAACGCGCCCUUUCACAAAUACAGUCAUCACCGUCAUCUAACAAUCCAUCAAUUUUAUAUAUAACACCCAGGCUGUCAUUUCUCGGAAUUCAGGCAGCGAAAAUGGGUUUUAAGUCUGUUACCAUGGCUACAUCAGAGGAACAUUUUGACGCUCUUCACCAGGUUGCAGCCUUGAAUGGUUGCCAAUCAGGGGUGAUUACUCUAUUGGAAAUGUCAGACCUGAGUGACCUUGACUUGAAAGCGGACAUCGUGUUUAGUGAGGUUGUGGAUCCAUGUGGGGCCCUGAGACAACAGGCUCUGGAAGACCACGUGUAUCAUAUCAUCACCAACUUAGCCCCUAAUGGCCAUGUGUUCCCGGGUCAUUUGAGAGUCCAGGGUCUGUUCAUAGAAUCUCAGGAGCUAGAGUGUCUGACUCACGUCACUGGCAAUGAGGCCACACUGGACUACCAGAUUGCCGAGUUUAUCAAUGUGUUCCAGAUGCAAAAUCAUUUGAACAUUGACCUUACAACUCUUAACUACUCCAAACUGACUGAAGUCAUUGAAUUAGCAAGCUUGGACUUUGCCAAUAUCUCCAUUGAAACUGGUCCAGAAAUCCUUGACCUCAAUGUAGAAAGGUCAACAGAGGUCAUUGCAAAUGGGAAGAUUUCAGCGCUGGUGUAUUGGUUUGAAAUGAUCUUGGAUAAGGACACUGUAGUGAAUACGCUGGAUUCCCGUCACCAUUGGAAACAGGCCGCCAUAAUGAUCAAGGACACUUUCCAUGUUGGUCAAGGUCAGACGCUUGUCACCAAGGUGAUGAUGCAGAAUAGUUGCCUGGAUGUAAAAGUAUUGACACCAGAGUGUGUCAAUGGCCAUUGAAAUUGUAAAAAUAAACUGUCAAGGCAUUGACCAUUUGAACUUUUUUAAACAUUUAAAUCAAUUCAGAGUUACAUAUUGUUAAAGCUAUUAAGAACAUUUUGUAUGCUUUUUUAUACAAGACUCUGAUAACUUAAUUAUUGUACAAAACUAACAGUAUACAUUUUGUAUUGUUAUUAGGUUUUUAAACCUAUCUUCAAAUGUGUAAUUGUUUUGUGUAAAAAUAUUAAUAUAAACUAUUAAUUUCUGAAUAAAAUAAUAAGGAAACAAU